AUGGACACUAUUAAUGUAGGACUUCAAAAUGAAAGAGGUCAAGUUCAAGAUAUCAGUAUUGUAGACACAACUAGCUGGAAUUCACAAACUGAAGAAAUUGUGAAUAAUUCUACGCUGUUGUACAUUGCUGUUGAAUAUGUAAAGGAUUAUAAAGUGGAUGACGAUCCUAAUAGGACUGUAACUUCUCAAGAUGAAGUUUACGCAGAACUGGAUUCGCGGGUUAGCCCCCUGGAUCCUAAUAUGAGUUCUGUUGCUAGUUACAGUCCUAUAUACAAUGAUUCUUCUGCAGAAUAUAACCCUGUCAUAAUACACCAGCUUGUUACCCAGGAUGGGACCGUUCAAGGUGAUCAGUACAUUAGUAACCUGAAUGGGACAUCACUAGAUAAUAUACCCACAGUUCUUUGUAGUAAUGGUGUUAGAGGAGAAGUAGGAAAUGAAUAUUUACAAAUGGUAGAUCAAAAUGAAUCUGAUCUAGUUAAUGCAAAUUCUGAAGCUUUGCAGUUAGUACCAGAAAGAGAACAACAAAAAGUUGAACUCCUGAUCACCGAUGAGGCCACAGGUAUUUCCUAUAGCGUUGAUGCACAAGAACUUUUGGUAGAACCUUGCUUACAAGAUGAUCAACAUCUUUUGGAAUCUCUAGCACCUGAUCCAAUUUUGGAGUCCGAUCUUCUAACUUUGGACGAUAAGACUCUAAAAUCUGAAUUAAAUGAUGAUUUGGACUUGUGUUCCAAUGAAAUGGCAGCACUUAAUACACAGGCUGUGAAUAAUUACAUAAAUAAUUUGACAGAAAACAAAAUGACUAAAGUCAAUGAUGCUAUGGAUUAUCAGAAAGUAGUUACCAGGCAAAACAAUAAGCCUGAGAUAGAUCCUGAUGACCACUUGUUGUCCUGUGUUUAUAGUAUAACAGACAAACCAAUUUUAACCAGAGCUAGAGCUACUCUUCCAGAGUCUUAUCUGGUGUUUGGCAAGGCAAAUGAAGAAACCACCGUCAUUGCAAAAAAGUCCAUUCCAAAAAGAUCACAAUUUGGACCUCUCGAAGGUGUUCUUGUUACUGCAGACAACGAUCCAGCUGUGUUAAAAAAAUUAGAAGAAAAUAAAUUAAUAUUUUUGAUUGAAACUGAGGGUGUACUAUUUAGGAUUGACGUGGCAGAUGAAAAUCAUUCCAAUUGGAUGAUGUUUGUCAGACAGGCGAUGAGUUUCGAGGAGCAAAAUUUAGUGAUUUCUCAGGAAAAUAAUGCUAUAUAUUUUACCACCACGACAAAUAUUCAACCUAAACAGGAAUUAAAAGUAUGGUACAGCAAUGCUUACGGCCAGUUCUAUAAUCUUCCAGUGUUACAACCGAUUCAAGAACUAGCAUGGCCGUGUUACGAGUGCUCCUUUAAAUUUGAGUCUUCCGAAGAAUUACAAAAGCAUUUGGACACUCAUGACAAGGAAAAAGAUGAGAAUUCGAGACCGAAAAAAAAGAUUAUGCAUAGAAUUAAGAGAAAACUGUUAAAGAAUCACUAUGACGCCGUCGAAUGUCAGUUGUGUCAAGAAAUGUUUUUCCAAUACAAUUACAAUUCAUUGAGGUUGCAUGUUUUACAAAAACAUGAAAGAGCUAAGGGGACUGUUGAAGAAUAUUUUACAAUAGUAAACUUUUUUAAAUGCGAAGUUUGCUACAUAAGCUUCAAAUCCGAGGCGUUGUUGAAAAUACACAAUUUCAAACAUAAUCCGGACACUUCCGAAGAACAAAGGAACCACAUUUGUCCGGAAUGCCAGAAAAAGUAUCCGACCCAACGACAACUGGUGCUGCACGUGUCGCAACACGUCGUCGUUCCCAGUGGAGAAGUCAAAAAGAUCAAAUGCAACAUAUGUCACAGGAUUUUUUCGCAUCAGGAUCGUUUGCAGAAACACAUGAUUACGCAUUCAGACGACGCUAAACAGUUUCAAUGCAAAACCUGUAAGAAACGGUUUUUCAAUAACUCUGCUUUGGCGUGUCACGCUAAAACUCAUUACACUGAGAAGAAACCGUUCGAAUGUCCCAUAUGCAAAGACACUUUCGACCAUGUUCUCAAAUUAAAAUUGCAUGUGCCCAAUCAUUGCGAAAACAAUACUUUCACUUGUCCGCAUUGCCAUAAGAUCUUCAAAAAGUAUAGCAUAAUUAGAAAACACAUCCGAGCGUUCCACUGUGAACGGACACACGAAUGCACCAACUGUACGAAAAUUUUCCCCACUUUGGACAAACUGAAAAGCCAUCUUUUAAAACAUUCCGAUCACAGGGAAUUCCUAUGCGCCCAUUGUGGGAAGCAGUUCAAAAGGAAGGAUAAGUUGAAGGAGCACUGCAAGAAGAUCCAUUCGGAGGAAAGGGAGAACACCAUUCCUAACGUGCAGAAGAAAAGCGAGAAAGCCAGAAAGUUUAUGCCGAAAGUGGAGCCUACGGAUUUUCAUAGGUUCAUUUAUAAGUGUCACAGUUGUAUGGUCGGGUUCAAGCGUAGAGGAAUGUUGGUAAACCAUCUGGCAAAACGACACCCCGACAUACCACCCGAUUCCGUUCCCGAACUCAAUCUACCUAUCCUACAAACGACCCGAGAUUACUACUGCCAAUACUGCGACAAAGUGUACAAAAGCAGUUCGAAAAGGAAAGCGCACAUCUUAAAGAAUCAUCCCGGCGCCGCGCUACCUAUGAGCAACCGCAAACAGUCGACGUCGAUACAAGAGGUUUCCGGCCUUCCGAAUCCGACGUUUUCGCAAACUGUCGGCAGCAUCACCACCAGACCGCAGAACUGCAAGUGGUGCCACAAGCAGUACGCCAGCAAAGCGAAAUUACUGCAGCACCAACGGAAAAAGCACUUCGAUCUGCUGUCCGUCGAACCGUUGAAUUCGUCGAAAGAAGACGAAGAGCCUCAGAGGAAGGACGGCGAUUACGACGACAACGAAAUGAUUAUGGACAAAAUUGACGGCGGUAAGAAAGAUAAUAAUAGCGAUGCCGUGACGGAAUUCGAUAAGGUCGUUGAGAAUAUGAUGGGCGGCGGCGAUUUGGAAACUUAUAAUUUAGAGGAGGAGGCGCAGUACUGUCAUCUGCCGAUCAACGAAACUGACAAUUUCAUCGAAUCUAGCGAAUUGGAGAAUCCCAAUUCGCAGUUGUAUCGGUUGUUGACGACAAAUAAUGGAAUGUUGCCGCCGCGCUGA